AUGCCCGUCUUGUUCCUUCAUCCUCCCUCGCCGCCUCCCUUCCCUUCAGUCCUCGCGGAAGCCGCCGGCAAGACCCGGUCGCAGGCGACAACAGGCGAGGCGAGGGGCAAGGGUGCUAGGGCCAAGGCAGGGGAGGCGAGGGACAAGGCUGUUCCAACCAACAAGCGGGCGGGCAGCUCCGGUGCGAGCGGAUCAACUCCGUCUGGAAAGAAACCUGCCCGCUCGCAGCAGGCGGCAGUGCAGGCGGCUGGCAGCAAGCGGCAGGGGCAGCAGCAGACGAUGGGCGUGAAGCAGCACAAGUCGUUUGAUGGUCACAUGGCGGCGAACGGAACUCGUGUGGCGGGAGGGAAGGGGCACGUGCAUGGCACGAGGCACGUGAAUGGCACGAGGCUGAAGCGCGGUACUGCAGCUGGUGGUGGUGGUGGUGGUGGUGGGAUGCACAAGGUUGGUGGCGGUGCUGGUGGCUGGCGUGGCGGGCGAGGAGGCAGCGUGAUUGGUGUGGUGGGCGCGCGGAUGAGUGGCGAGCAGAUGGUGGGGUCAGCAGGCAUGGCCAAUGCCACGGGCCGCCUGGAGCUGAAGCUUGUCAAGACGGCCACUGACAUGGACGUGCACUACUCGCUCUCCCUCGCGCACCUCUCCUCGCCCUCCCCUCCCACCGCCGCCUCCAUCCACGCAGGCCGCGCCGCCUCCGCCUCUGCCCUGCUGCUGCUCGCCUUCCCCGCCUCCGCCUGGACCAACACCACCCGCCCCUUCCAUCGCGCCUCCAACGCCACCGCUGCUGCCCCCCCUGCGGCUGCGCGCUUCAGCUACGGCGCCAGGGGCGUGUGGGGCAACGCGUCGUCCCUCUCCGCCGCUGCGGGCGGCUCUGUGGCUGCGGCUGUGAGCACCAUUCUCGCUGCCCCCGCCUCCUUCCACGCUCUCAUCGCCACCUCCGCGUUCCCCCAGGGGGCUGUGCGCGGCCAGAUGGCCAACAUGACCCGCGGAGGGAAGUAG